GCGCCCCGCCCCGCCCCAGCCGGAGGCAGCGUGGUGUGUUUACCGAGGUGCAUGCUGGGGCGGUCUCCGCGGCAACCAAGGCCCAUAAGCAGCACUGAGGCCAGGCGCUAGGGUGCUGGCCCCGGGGCGGCAGCAUGCGCCGCGGUCCCGCGUCGUCCGCUGCCCUGCCAAGCCCAGAGUACUACGAGAGGAUAGGCCGCCUCCAGCAAGGGUUGCGCGACAGUGAAAAGAAGAGACUAGACCUGGAAAAGGAACUUUAUGAGUAUAAUCAGUCUGACAAAUACAGAGUUAAGCUGAAAUAUGUAAAACUAAAGAAAUACCUGAAGGAAAUAUGUGAAUCCGAAAAGAGGGCUCAUACUAGAAACCAAGAAUAUUUAAAUCAAUUUGAGCGUGUCCAAGCUCACGUUGGACACUUUACCACGAGUACAGAGAAGCUUCAGGAACUAAAGAUUGAAUAUGAGACUCAAAUUAAGAAGAUGCAGCUAUUCUCAAAAGAUAGUCUGGGAAUAGAAGAUGAACUGAAAGAUGAAGGCAGAGAAAAGAUUGCAGUACCAGCCGGAAUUAACUCCAGUACGUCCAUGUCAAGAGGGUUGUAUCAACCAGCAACAAUCUUUAUGGGCCUCCAAAUGUCAACCCUCUCAAGCUUUGGCGAUUUCAGCACAGAGCAGGAAUCUGCCCAGCCCACAAAGAACUUCUCAAUUCCUAACCCACAUUCAUACCGACAGACAGCCCCAAGCAGCAGAGUGACAGACAGCUGUGUAGUACAAACUCCUAGUGACAUGCAGUGCUUAACUAAGUCUGACAAAGUAGAUGGCAAGACAUCUCUUCAGAAUGGUGAGAAGACGCCAGUCACAGCCCAGGCACUGUCUGAGGAGGAACAAACUCAUUGCCUGGAGAUAGGAAGCAGCCCAAGGCACAGCGAGAGUAAUUUAUCUGAAGGCAGAAAGUCCGCGGAACUCCAUUCCUUGCCACAGCAAAGAUUAAAUCCCAAGAACAGAACCAGUGAUUUAAAGUGUGACAGUUGCAGCAGAUCAGAGGGAUCAGAGGGGGAAAGACUGACACAAGAGCAUAUCGAAGUUGAGGAAGAAAGCGCCAACCUGCCUGUCUCUGCCCUAUCAGUUUCCAAGCACUGUACAUCUGAAAAUAAGAGGUCUCCAGAGAUGUGUUCUGCUGGGGCCGCUUCCCCAGGUCUCCUCACCCACAGGGACACAGAGUCGUGCAGGCCCUUGGAGCAUGUGCAGGAAAAGCAGGAGGAGGGAAGUAGGAGCAGUAGCAGCAGCAGCCUCACGGUCUCCAUCAGCGAAGAUGACCUGAUAUUAGAGAGCCCAGAACCACAGCCAAAUCUGGGCGCCCACAUGGAGGGAGAAGGUGUGAUACAGGCCUUCACCCUAAUCCAUGCUGAGCAGGAAGGUGUCCUAGCCACUGGAAAAAAUGAUGGUGUUUUGCAAACCCUGAGCUCUCUUGAUUCAAAAAAGGCAUCCUGCACUACCUCGCCGAGACAAUCUGAACAGGCGCCAGACCUGAGCUUCCACAGUGCACCGUCUGUCCAGCCUGCCGCCAGCCUGAAGAAACUUAGCCAGUCUCUCCACAAAGAGACAGCAGCAGCAUUGAGCAAAGGUCUCCCAGCAGAGUGUGAGGCCAGGUCAGCCAUCCACAGUGAUGAAUCAUCGUGCAGCAUGCCGUCUAUUCUGCAGGAGGGUACGGGGAUAAAGGAAGCAAAACCUGCGUUCCGGCUCAGCAGCCUUCGCAUGAGGGACCAAGAAGAAGAUGAGAGUGAACAAGAAAGCAUGUGUGCAAAGGUGCCAGUUACAGAAACAAAAGCCUACCAGUUGCUGAAGAAGUCCACCCUGCAGGAACAUACAGAUCAGAUGGAAGACGGACGCCGAGGGGCGCAUGCCUCGGUAGCACAGUUUUCAGGUCUGAACACGGGCAGCAGUGCACUCCAGAUGAAGGCAGCUCACGAAGUUGCUUCAGAAGCUACUUUCUCAUCGUGCAAAGGAAGUCCUUUGUCAAGGCAUGAAGACAAAAAGAAAUCAGUCACCCAUUUGAAGUCAAAUGCCUUCUGGGGGGAGUCUGAUGACAGUAACUCAGAUAUUGAAGCUGCUUUACGUCCUAGAAACCAAGAUGCAUCCUCUGAUGAUUUUGAUGAUUUUUAUAACUAACAAAUGGUAACAUCUGCUGGAAAUAAAGCCUAUAAAUGAACUGAAAUGCUGUUUAUAUGUGAAAUGGUGCAGAAACUUGGAGAAACAAUCCUCAAAAAGUUAAACAUAGAGUUACCCCCUGACCUAACCACUCCAGGAAGUAUUAUUCACUAACUAAAAAGUGGAAACAACUCAAAUAUCCAUCACAUGGUAAAUGGAUAAACAAAAUGUGGUAUAACCAUACAAAAGAAUAUCAUUCCUCAAUAAAAGAAUGGAAUACUGAUACAUGCUGCAGUACAGAUAAACCUGGAAACUAUUAAGUGAAAUAAGUCAAUCACAAAACACCAUAUGACUUACAAUUCAUGUGCAUGGCAUAGCUGGGAUAGGAAAAUCCAUGGAGACAGUGCAUCCGUGGUUGUCUGGGCCUGGGGUUGAGAGGGAAGAGGACUCACUACUAGUGGAUAUGGCCAGUUUUGUUCUAAAAUUGAUGAUGGCGGCAAUUGCACAACUGAGUAUACUAAAAACAAUAAUCAUGUGCUUUAAAUAGGUGAGUUAUAGGUAUGUUAUAAUAUGAAUCAUGUAUCAGUACUUUUGAAAAGGAAAUUGGUGAUUAAUACAUUGGGGUCUGGUGACUUAAAAACACCUGUGGGCAACUUUUGCUCUAAUACUUCGUUUUGCAUGGUUUAUGUUUUCUGGUUUACUUGUUUGCUCUAAUAAAAUAUCUUGCUUUUUUAAAACCCUUA